CCUCGUCAUUUCCUCUUUGCCCGGCUCCCUCGCUCCGUGCUGGUGUAGGAUGCAGAGCUGCUGCUGAUUCAGUUCUCUUUAAUCUGUUUACCUCCUUUUUCGCUGGAGGAGCGAUUCUGUGUCCCCCACAGCGCGCUUUCCCCUUUCUCGCCCGUGCACUCACCCGGAGCAGGCGCGUCGCUGUGCCGCAGCAGCCAUGCCCAACAUCGUGCUCUUCAGCGGGAGCUCUCACCACGAUCUGUCCCAGAAAGUGGCGGACCGCCUCGGACUCGACCUGGGGAAAGUGAUCACAAAGAAGUUCAGCAACCAGGAGACCUGUGUCGAGAUAGGUGAGAGUGUACGAGGGGAGGAUGUGUACAUCGUACAAAGUGGCUGCGGAGAGAUCAACGACAACCUGAUGGAGCUGCUGAUCAUGAUCAACGCUUGCAAGAUCGCCUCUUCGUCCCGUGUCACAGCCGUCAUCCCCUGCUUCCCCUACGCCCGGCAGGACAAGAAGGACAAGAGUCGUGCGCCCAUUUCUGCCAAGCUGGUUGCUAACAUGCUGUCAGUCGCUGGCGCAGACCACAUCAUCACCAUGGAUCUCCAUGCUUCCCAGAUCCAGGGCUUUUUUGACAUUGCUGUGGACAACCUGUAUGCAGAACCUGCGGUUCUUCAGUGGAUCCGAGAGAACAUUCCAGAGUGGAAAAACUGCAUUAUUGUGUCACCAGAUGCAGGUGGUGCUAAAAGGGUGACGUCUAUUGCUGACCGGCUCAACGUUGAGUUUGCGCUCAUCCAUAAAGAGCGUAAAAAGGCCAAUGAGGUGGAUCGCAUGGUCCUGGUGGGAGACGUUAAGGACCGUGUGGCCAUCCUUGUGGACGACAUGGCUGAUACGUGUGGAACCAUCUGCCAUGCUGCUGAUAAGCUGAUCUCUGCUGGUGCAAUAAAGGUCUAUGCCAUCCUCACUCACGGCAUCUUCUCUGGACCUGCCAUCUCGCGCAUCAACAAUGCCCCCUUCGAGGCUGUGGUGGUCACAAACACCAUUCCACAAGAGGAAAAGAUGAAACAGUGUCCCAAAAUUCAGGUCAUCGACAUUUCAAUGAUUUUGGCGGAGGCCAUUCGGAGAACCCACAAUGGUGAAUCAGUCUCGUACCUUUUCAGCCACGUACCAUUGUAAAGACAAGCAGAGAAGAACCUUCUUCCUCCAUCACCAACCGUUCCAGUAUCAUUCCUCUGUGGGAGUCCGAAGAGUAAAUCAUGUUUGGUAGCCAAUAGCAAACAACUAGCUCUUCUAAAUCCUGACAACCCAAUUCUCUUAUCUUUCCCUUCUGCAGGUUUAUUUAUGUAGGGCUUUUAAUUGCUGGUACCCCCCACACACAAUCAAUUGCCUUUUUGCAAAUUUUCACUUUAAUUUUGGACCUCAAUCUUUUCCUUUUUUAUUUUACCAUAAGAAAAGAAACGUCACUGUUGAAAAUGAUUGACGUCGUACAAUGACAUUUUUUCUUCUCCAUAUAUCUGAAUAGAUUGAGUUAAGUAGUUAUACCACAGACAGAUCUUUGCAGUCUUUCCCAUCAGACUCUCAUCACCCGUUAGUGUUAACUAGAUUUGGGCUGCCAAAGGAAGGGGAAAGCGAACAUCACUAUAGAGAUCUUCUUAACUAGUUUGUGAUCAUCUGUGUUACCAGUGUUUUGGGAAACUGGUAAAAUUACACACAUUUCUGCUUACCUCAGAUUAGCAGGUGGAGUAUAAGCUUCCAUUAUUUGUUUGCUACAUUAGCUUUGUAGCUCCAGUGAAAAGCUAAAGAAGCAGGUCUUUAGGCAUUUGAGUAAGGGGGAAACUGCCUAAAUUAGAUGACUUCGAUUACCCCCUCAUGUAAUAAUUAAAGAAGCCACAUGUAAGAAACAGUUAAAAGUUCUUCAUGCAAGUUCUGCUGCUGUCUUUUAUUAUACAGUAAAUGUUCUCAAAUGCAAAACUUAAUGUACAUUUACCCUAAUUGGAUGAUUUUGGUUAUGUUGUGCUUUUUU